GCCUCUCACCCCUGAAAUAUUCCAAGUAUGUGCAGGGAGAGGAGCCCUGGUGAGCGGCCGGGACACACAGCGCACAGCCGGGGACUGGAGCGGACACGGCGGCCGGGACACUCGCCACAACGUUCCCCAGUACAUGCAGUGUGCCGCCCGGGGACACUGGGCACUAUGGAGCCUGGCUCUCACGGACUCUCCGCCGCCCGGGGCAGCUUUUGCUGAGGGCGCUAGGAAGGAAUGGCUGAUCCUCUGCGGAGGACUUUAUCCAAACUGCGGGGGAAAAGAUCCAAGAAGGGGUCGGCGGGGGGACUCUCUAACGGAGAAGGUAAAGAGCAGCCCGGGGGCGGACACCCCAAUAGGCGAGAGACCCCCGAGACGUGCAAUGGGGUCGUUACCGGGGGAUCUCCCGGUGCUUACACCAUAGACACCCUGGUAGAGCCACCUAGGGGGUGCAGGGGUGACCCCACCGGGCAAGGGAUGGAGUGCGGGGUGGGGGAUCCCGUGGAGAUAUUACUGGGGUCUCUAGUGCACCCCCCCAAUAUCAGGGCAGGGACCCCCGGAGGAUGGAGCCCCCAGAACCACAACAAUAACAAUGACAAUCACCCCGCAUUGGGGUGCAGAGAAUCUGUGGGGUGCAGGCACUCUCACUACAGCAAUAUCAGCAGCCUGGAUUUUGAACCCCAAGUCUCCUGUGCACCCCCUUUCUCUUGUGACUAUAGCACCCAUCAGAUACUCUCUGCCCCUCCGUUAAAACCGCCAAAUAGUGCCCCCUAUAGCCUGAGCCCUGACUUUGAGGAGCACUGGCCCCCUCACAGCGCACCGUCCCCCCUGAAUUUUAUAUACCCUCAUAUGCCAGAGAGCAGGGUCCCCCACGACCCCCGGGUCGGGCUCUUUGCGUCUGAGCAGUGUAAUUACUCGGGGAACGCAGUCAGUUGCCAUAACCCCCCUCUGGCCCUUGUUGGGGGAGGCUCUUUUUACCCCCGAAACCAUUCCGAGGACAGCGAGGAGGAGGAUUACUACGAUAACGAGAACCUCUUGGUCGCUGGCACCCACGAAUCUCGGUGCAAUAACCUGUGCACGGAGACGCAAGUGCUGUCCCCGCGGACCCCCUUCACGCACAGGACCGACUAUGGCCACCAGGACAGGAAAGGCGGUUUGGACGUAUACCUGGAGACUGACCGCCUCCGGUCUCAGUUGCAGGAGGCCUAUUACUUGUUGAUUCAUGCCAUGCAUGACAUGCCCUUGGAACGCCCCGGCAAUAAGGUGGGCACCCGACUAGAAACUAGUCCCUCCAGCUCCCAGUCCCAGGAUAGCGUCUAUUCGCAGUCUUCCGCAAGGGUUGUCGAAAGUGACGUGUGGUCGUCUGAUGAGGCCAGUCCCAAGCAAGUGUCCCGCAGCGACUUGGCCUCGCUGAACGCGUUGAUGACCGCCCGGCUUAACAGAAUCCGUAGAAUCAGCAAAAGCUUGGAUACGGUGUAUUCCCUGCCGGCGGCGGAGCCGUUACAUAAGUGCCAUAGUGACAGUCAGGUCAAGUACAGUCCCGUCAAUAGCAGCUUGUCUUCUGAGUGCGGCUACGAGCACAGUCAGGGCUCUAUUGGCCACCAGGCGGAUGUGGAGAGCGGCGAGGGCAGCCCCCAAGACAUGCUGUCCACCGUGAACUGGAGAGCCUCCGAGAGUGCCACCCGGAGCCCUCCUAAGACACCUGGCCUCCGCAGCGAUGAUGAGGAGGCCAUAGUGGAAGACCAGGGCAGCGCUUCACCCAAACCUUCGGGACUCACGGUCAAGAAAAUGCAAAAGUGGAUGUACAAAGGGCGCUUGUUGUCUUUGGAAAUGAAGGAACGGCUCAUCGGAUCCUCCCAGAAAGCCGGCGCCGGCAGCAGCUCGGGCAAGUCGGAGGCUAGCAACAAACCUGAGCUUCUCCAGGAAAAAUCAGACUUCAUCGAGAACACCUACACCUCGAUGGUCAUCAGGCGGGACCUUAAAGUCACCGAGGUGAACCAACACAACCUCCAGCACAACCACAUCACCGUCUCAAAGAAACGCAACUGGCUGACGCAGAGCACCCACAAGUCCCAUCACGUGAGCGAGAGCCAUAAACGGAGCCAUCACACCGGCAACUCCACUCAUGUCGUCAUUAAAGAGACGGUCCUGCAGCUGUCCCGAGCGGACAGAGACGCGUCCAGCAAAGUGCCGGAGGCCGUGCCCUCCGCACCGGCCACUCCGCAACCCGUGCCUACCCGCACCUCUGACCUGAGCGAAGACAAUGACGCUGACGACGAAGGGGAAAUUUGGUACAAUCCAAUCCCGGAGGAUGAUGAGCUUUACAUCUGCCCCAAGACCUCCUCCGACCUGGCCGCCGCUGACUUUGGACACGACGUGCCGGAAGUACCCGCCAGACCCGGAUGCCUGCCAGGUCCGGGCGAGCCGCUGUCUCCAGCCACUGAUAAUACUGGAGAUUCCUUGGAUUCCUCGGACUACGGCGUGCAGCUGUGCAAGCAGAGAUUUGUGUGCAAGACGGCGGCUUCCCUGCCUACAGAAGACCCACCUGCGUGCGGAUCGCAUGACCCUGGUCCGAAGGUUAUUUCCCCUGCUCCAGUUGACUUCUCCCCUCCUUGUAGCCCCAACCCUGUGAAGAAAGGAGGAAGCAUCAACUGGUCUCUCCCAGAUAAAAUCAAAUCUCCCCGGACAGUACGGAAAUUGUCCAUGAAAAUGAAAAAAUUGCCGGAGCUCAGCAGAAAGCUGAGUGUCAAAGGUACAUCGUGGAGCCAUUCAAGCUCCGACCACCCGUCUUCCACCUCUAAAGGAAACUGUCAGGAAGGAGGUCACGCGACUUCGCUAUCAUCUUCCGGACAAGCAGCGGCUGCCGCCAGCCGGAACGUAAUCAGUCGAUAUCACCUUGAUAGCAGCGUCUCUUCCCAGCAUAGCUACAAAAAGAAAAGUUCGGGGACCUCCAAAUCUUCGAGUAAAGGGGGCUAUCUGAGCGACGGUGACUCCCCAGAACUUAUAGCCAAGUCCGGUAAACAUGGAGGAGAGAGCAGGUCCACCAAGGGCAAGGAGCCCCUGUCGACUGGUAAUGCAAAGUCUGAUUUGGACAUCGACGCCUUUCGACACUACAGCUUUUCCGACCAACCAAAGUGUUUCCAGUUUGUCUCCGGGCUCAUGAGCCUUCACUUCUAUGGGGCCGAGGAUUUAAAGCCCGCAAGAAUAGACUCCAAGGAUGUUUUCUGCGCCAUCCAAGUGGACUCUGUGAAUAAAGCUAGAACGGCGUUGCUGACCUGCAGGACUUCCUUUCUAGACAUGGAUCACACGUUUAACAUUGAGCUGGAGAAUGCCCAGCACCUAAAACUGGUUGUGUUCAGCUGGGACCCAGCCCCAAAGAAGAACCGGGUUUGUUGCCACGGGACCGUCAUCCUGCCGGCCCUUUUUAGGGUGACAAAAACCCACCAGCUGGCUGUGAAGUUGGAGCCCCGGGGGUUAAUCUAUGUAAAGCUGAGCCUCAUGGAGCAGUGGGAGAACUCAGCAGACCGUAUUGGAGUGGAUCGAGAGCCCAUAGUGUUCGGGGUCGACGCUCGUCAAAUUGUUGAGAAGGAAAAUUCGGGACUAAUGGUCCCACUACUCAUGGACAAAUGUAUAAUGGAAAUAGAAAAGAGAGGCUGCCAGGUGGUCGGCUUGUACCGACUGUGCGGCUCAGCAGCUGUCAAGAAGGAAUUACGUGAAGCGUUUGAGAGGGAUUGUAAAUCCGUGGGGCUCUGUGAGAAUGACUACCCAGACAUCAAUGUUAUAACAGGAGUCUUGAAGGAUUACCUGAGGGAGCUCCCUUCUCCGCUCAUCACAAAGCAGCUGUAUGAGGCCGUGCUGCAUGCCAUGGCCGAGAAGCCACUCCGGAUGUCGGGCAAUGGCUGCGAGAAUGAUCCCAGGGACUCGGAGCAGACUGUAGAGCUUCUGAGUUGUCUGCCCGAUGUGGAAAGGGCCACCCUGAAGAUGCUGCUGGAUCACUUGAAGCUCGUCGCCUCCUACCACGAAGUGAACAAGAUGACCUGCCAGAACCUGGCCGUUUGCUUUGGUCCAGUCUUGUUAAGUCAGAGACAAGAAACGUCUAAUCACAAUAACCGGGUGUUCAUUGACUCGGAGGAGCUGGCCAGCGCCUUAGACUUCAAGAAGCACAUUGAGGUUCUGCACUACUUGCUGCAAUUAUGGCCGGUGAAAAAUGAAUCUUCCAAAGAAGCUUCCCCGAGCAGUGUUCAGACAGAACCGCAGCCGUGUCUACGCAGGAAAAAGCCACGGCCACAAAUGCUGAACCUGAAUAGCUCAAAAAUGUCUGGAGUGCUGCGGCCGAGAGCCGCCCGCCUGGACAGUCCCUCCAGCAACCGCUACGCUGGAGAUUGGAGCAGCUGUCAGGGCAGCUACUUAAGUCCAAAAGAGGAGGCGGACUAUGCAGAUGUCCCCUCCGAGAGCACCAGGGACACCUUCGCCAUACGGACUGAAAGGACGUACGAGCAUCUGAAAGCCAAAGAACACCCGCUCUGUACCCCCACCACCGAAGGAGGAUCUGAGGAAUCGGACGUCAACCUCCACGACCUGCAGGAGAGUAUCGACACUUUGAUAGGAAACCUGGAGCGAGAACUGAGCAAAAAUAAACUAGGCGUCGCCAUCUAAACGUUUCUGCCCGUGAUUAUCUCUUCUCAUUAGAAGAAUCUUUCCCUUUUAACCCUGUGAGGGUCUACUAGUGUACCGCCGCCUGGUGAGUCCUUGCACUAGAGUGCAGCCGGCUCUCCUGCUCUUCCUGCCAUGUACAAGGCAGGAUUUCCAGGAAACAAACACUUACUUGGUACGUAUCCUCCUAGAGGAAAACAUUGCGGCUGCCGGUGAUCCAGCGACCAGGGUCAGACAUGUUACUGCCGUGGCUGCUGGUCUGCCCAGGAAACGCAGAACGGACUCUUUUUAUACAGAAAAUAUAUUUUUUGUAACAUGAACUGUAGCAGCAAUAAAGCAUCUGUCGCCGCUUAUUAUGUGAUGCACCCAAGUGCCUGGUGUCUGUACCGCAGACACGGAGGGACAGCUGUGACGGUGUCUGCGAUAUGUGGCAUCAUGUGGUCAUUGAGACCUAUGGUGGGGCCAGGGUUUUUCAUCACACCACCUUAGAGAGCUGUCGGCAAAAAUGCUGAUUCGGCUGACAACUAUUCCUCCAGACCACCUACCCCCAUAGACAUGACGGGGUCCAUAGGGUCCCACUGUAUGUGUGAUUACUGUCCAUGAAGGGUAGGGCUUCCAUAACAUUGACCUAGGGCUCCAGGAUCUGCUCAUUCUCCAGAUUCUGGUAUGUCCUAGCACAGGGAUCAGCAAUCCUCGGCACUCCAGCUGUUGGCAAACUACAACUCCCAGCAGGCUCCAUUCAUUUUAAUGGGAGUUCCGAGUACAGACAAACAAGUGUGCAUGCUGGGAAUUGUAGUUUCACCACAGCUGGAGUGCCGGAGGCUACGGAUCCCUGUCCUAGCAGCUUGCUCUCGUCCAGAUUACCUUCAUGUCGCACUGUCCAUAGAGACCGAAGCCAUUGACCAAGUCCAUCUGCAGAUACUGUAAAGACGAUGUGCAGGAUCUGCCGUACUGCGGUGUGCAUAACCUUUACCAGUGAAGUCCUGUAUUUUUUAAGGUACCUGAUAUAUUAAAGCAUUUUAUAUAAAUAUAUAUAUAUAUAUAUAUAAAUCUAUAUAGAGAUGCGACAAAAUAAUUCAAGUGGCUAUUUAAUAACUUUAUAUAUUAUGUACAUAGGAAAAUCUAAGUAUAAUAUUGUACAAUUGUUUCAUAUUGUGAAUAUUAUGAAGGUGCGAUGCGCCUCCGAUUAUACAUUAGAAUUGUGUGUGUGUGUGUGUGUGGGGGGGGGGGGGUCAGUCUUCCUCAUGAUGCUUAUUAACAUUUUUGAGACAUUUAGGGGUUAGGUCCAGUGUCUUGUCUUAAAGCUGAUCCUUUGUGCUUUUUAUUGGCUGGAACCAGCUGAUGAGAGUUGUAGUUUCACAGCUUGCAGACCACUGGUGUACGCCGUUCACUACAUCAGUGGGAUCCAUUCUGUGGCUCACUUGCUGUUCUGAAAACUGCAACUCUCAGCAUGUCCUGCCGGCCUCUGGCUGUCCGAGUAUGCUGAGAGUUGUAGUUUUGCAGCAUGUUUCAAUGAUGUAGUGCAGCGGUCUCCAGAUCCUGUUGAGCUAGUGGCCUCAGCCUGUCCAACAAUAUGGCAGCCACCAUAGUGUAAGGUCAGGGAUCUGCUAUAAUGAAGAAGUACCAGAUACUUGCUGGCCAAUGGAAUUUAUUUAUACAGGCCCAGCGGCUGGUCGUGCUCCUACAGUACUGGCUACUGUGAUGAUCUGGGAAAGUGGUUAAAAUGGGCAGGACAGGUGUUAAGACUAGAUCCGGCCGCCUUGCUGUAUAACAGUUCUCGGCUCGCUGGGAGUUGUAGUACCCCAAACAGCUGCAGUUUGCAUAACACUACAUCAGUGGAGGGUUACGAGGCGACGGGAAAGUACCGAAUAUGUUUCUAUUACUCUAUUUUUGUACAGACAGAAUAUUUUUUGAAAGCAGCCUGUGCCAUUACAUAACCGUAUAGAAGUGUUCUGUCCGUCUUACUAGUUGUACUUAUGUGUUGUAAAAUCCCACUUUUUGGUAAUUGUUUACACCAUCCAAUGUGAACUCGUGCGAUUGACAUGUAGAAAGCUUCAGCUCGUAUGGAAAUGCCUCAGAAAUGUAUUUUCUACUUUGUAAUUUAUAUAAGAAGUAUAUAUACUGUAUAUAUUUGUUCUGUAUUCCACAUCUGUUACAAUACAAACAGUUAAU